CGCCGCAGUCAGUCUUCGACACGCGCGGAUCGCGUCCGCAUCGGGCCAGUGAGUGAAGUGAAACUUGUACCGGUUGCGACUGACCGGCGAGACAACCCCACAGUGACGAUAAAAAAAAAUUAAGUGUACGUUGUAAAAAAAGAAAAAAAAAACACUACUUUGCUCCAUUUUCAAAAUCCGAGCAAACUGUGUUUUGGGAAUGUAAUUGGCAUUUAUAAAGUGACGUGACAGUGCCGGAUUGUGGACCAGUGGAUUUUUGGACCAGCCAGCGCAAGGACUAUAAUGUUAUUCUGGAUUUGACAACGACCAUCGCUGCUUCCGAUCUUGACUUCAAUUUAUCAGGUAUACAACCAGGAUAAAACACAAAAAACAAAAAUCAUAUAGAUGAAAAUUAGAAGAUAGCGCGGCAGGGUGGCGGCGUCCAAGUAUGGCGGUGGCGGGCUGUCGCUGGGCUCCGGGGUCGCGGUGAGGCGCGGCAUGAAGUGCGCGGGCGUGGCCGGCGGCGGCGACGAGCUGCUGCUCGGCUCCUGCUGGCUCGACUCCAAGCUCGAGCCCAGCUCCCCCCCUUCCACCUGCCACGAGCUCAUCGACUCGCUCCUUGCCCCCCCGCCCCUCGCGGAACUCAAACCGCUCCCUCCCUUCACCGGCUACACCGGCCAUCUCUCCAUCAACGGCAUCUCUGGACAUCACUUCCAUGCUAUAGCGCAACGGCUCCCUGAAGAAAACAAUAACUACCCAACGCAAAGCGGCUACGGGGGCGACAACGAUGUUGUAUCUUCUUCGACGUGCGCCGCUGACGCUGAACCCCCAGAUCUCGAAGACGUCAAACCAUUCUUAGAAGCCCCAGAUACAAAACCGUUUGCCGAAACAACAGCUUCCGGCGCAGCGGACUCUUGCGCCGCAUCUUGUUCCCCUCCGGCGAAAUUGUUUGACGAGAACCACAAACAAGAUAUGUACGACAUCAGCUCUAUAGAGGAUAUAGCUGCUAUCAUUGGCUCGGCUAUCGCUGACACUACAGUCCCAUCACAACCUGAACCCGAUGACCGAAAUGAUUCCAGAGACAGUUGGAUGGACAUCGAUGCGUGGAUUGCAAGCGCUUGCGGACAACAUGGCGAUAAAAUUGUUCAACAAGACCUGACAGAAUUCGGUCUUCCAGGUUCCCCACCGUCACAAAACCAUCAUCCCAGUCUCGAAUUCUCUAAACCUGGACAAGAUUUCGUUAAAAGUCAGGAAUUUCUCCAGAAGAACUUACAAGCGGGCUCCACACUUCAGUCGCUAUUAACACAUGGCUACAUGCCCCUACUUCAGAAUCGGCUUCAAAACGGUCCUCCAGUAAAACAGGAGGCACCGAGUUCGACCAGCUACGGGAUGGAAGUGAUAUCAACAUCUUCACCGCCAGGGAAUGCUGUGUCUACAACUGACGGUGUCGGAAGUAUCCUCAAUGGUCGAUACGCUUCUCACUACGCACUCAGCCUGAAACCAGACGGGUUGUGUAGUCCAGAGAGACUGCUGGGCUACCCUCACGCGCACACGACGACAGUCACGCCAGUUAGUAAAAGUAAAAGAAAUAGAAGUAAACCGAAGCAAAGCAGCUUGCAUGGGAACUCACUGCCUUUUCCUUCAGCGACGGCGGCAGAAUUGAGUGGGCUUUUGGGGAAAGAGAAGCCGGUACACCGCUGUGGGAUCUGCAAUCGAGGGUUUUUAAACAAAUCAAAUAUAAAGGUGCACCUUCGCACGCAUACUGGGGAAAAGCCGUUCAGGUGCGACGUGUGCGCAAAGGCGUUCAGACAGAAGGCCCACCUGAUCAAGCACCAGCAGAUACACAAGAGGAUCGGCAGGGACUAGCAAAGACUUUGUACUACACUAGCUCAAAUGAAGCAUUUCGUAAUUUAGUUGUGUGAGUGUCUGUGUAUGUGCGCGAGUAUUGAAUCUCAUUUAGGCUAUCUGUACAUGAGCUGAACGUUCAAGUAUAUUCCCUUAGAGUAACAUUCCUAAGGACAAGUGCAAUGUUGACUAGUUUUAAGAGCCUUCAGAUUUAUUAUGUAGAUAAAUUGUUUAUACGUUGUUGUAUGAUCUAAGGAAAUCAUUUCACUUGUUUUUACAGUGUAGAUUAAUCCGUCUCAUAAUUAUAGUUAUUUCGGGUAUGUCUUUGAUUCGCUUCGGACACAGGUUUAUAAGAAUUUUGUAGAUAUCUACCCAUUUAGCAUACAUUGCGCAUCUUUGCUGUAUAAUGCAAAAUUUUCCAGCUAUAAUGCGCACAAAUUAAAAAAAUUCAUCGAAUGUUAAAUUCAUCUUGCUCCUCAUAAGUACAGUGGUCGAAGUUCGACUGAACAAAACAUAAACAAAAUGUAUAUUUUCUCGGAUAUUUAUGAAGAUUACUCCGAUUACCUACUUAUAGUCAAAUUAGUUUUACUUGUAUGAUUUAAGUUCUUGUUCUUUGAAACAGAAAUGACAAAGCAGAAGAGGCUAACAUGAAAAGAACUAUGUUCUAUAUUGUUGACAUAGUUUUUAAACUUUUCUUUUGUAGGUUCUAUUUAACUUGCUCCUUUUCACAUCACAUACUGUUGAAGUUUAAACUAUACUUAAAUUUGAAUUAAAUUAUAUAACAAGUCCGAAUUAUAAUGUAACUCUUUACAAUUAGGCUUAAAUUAAAUAUUGAAAUUGUCUAUGCAAUAUGAGUGACUUAAAACAGAUAAAGUGCCGAUUCCGAAAUUCUAUACACGCAAAGUAUAAUGUAAGCUGUUAUUACAACUAAAGGAUAUGUUUGUAUAACCCGUCGGAAAUAUGUAUACAAAUCACAGGAAACAAUUGUCAUUUCAUCAAAUCCGCACCUAAUUUCAACUUAUUUAAACUCUCAAGAAACACAAAAACCUAUUUCCAAAAAUGUUUUAAAAAUCUAUUUAUAUUUAGAAUACUAUAUACAACACUGGCUGAAAAAAAAAAACAAAUUCUAUUUUAAAUUAUUACCUUAGUAACCCAGAUCGCGAACGCCCUACGUUCGAGCACGCGAGCGGAUUCGCGUCCGGGAAGCGGACGGAAACCGAAAAAAUCCGACAUAAUCGUAGAUCCUCUCUUGCGCAACCGCCGGCUUGCGCGCCCGAUAAUUGGCGCGAAAAAACUGGGUAUAUGCGAAGGACGGCACAACACGCGAGUAGUGCAGAUCUAUCAUAUUUAUUGAUUAGAUUUAUUAGUCAUUAUCUUUCAUGAGUGCAACUUGAAAUUGUUACAAAAAAAACGUGUUGCACUCCGGGAGUGCCGGCAGAAAUGCAAUCUUGAAUAUUAACUUUGUGCACUUUUGACGUCUUACGAAUUUUCGAUCAACAUCACUAAAAGUGCACAACGAUGCUAAAGAUGUUUUCACUUCAAAAAACAAUAACUUACAGGUUAUACAUUCAAAAUACUGAAUUAGUAGUUUUGUUAUCAGAAAAACAUUAUAAAUAAAACAAGGAUUAUUUGCUGACUAAUUUUCAUAGCAUAAAUCAAAAACAUAAUAAUAAAAUAAAAACCCUUCUAUGCUAAUCUUACUAUGUUUUCUGUACUCACAUUAUAUACAAACCAAUUAACUGUUGUAAAGGGAACUAAUAUCAAUUUACUUUCCUUGCUUUACCAAAUAUUUUUAUUCCUUAUAAAUAACCAAUUUAUAAAUCCUUCACGUAUCUGAUAUAAAGAAGAAUUUUCUGUUGUAAUAAUAUUAAAUAUUUAUUCAAUACGAUACGUUCUUAUCACUGAUAAAUGUGCAUUUUCUCAAAGUAGUUAUAAUAUUCAUUCAUCGUUAAUACAUUCCAUUUAUUAGUUAGUCGUUCGAUUGUCUAUAAUAAAUGAAUUUAACAAUGCAUAUUUCAAUAAAAAUUCAAUAUUCACAAAUAUCUUUCAAUCUGUUGAGUUCAUUUAGGAUAGACACAAAUUUUUAAUUAUGAGAUGAGAGCGUUCAAAAGCUGAACGCGGCGGUUACACGCGUGGGAUAAACGCUCGUCUGUGAAACGCUGGAUAUAUUUUAAAAUAGUGACGUUUAUGUAAAAUAUGGUGGAUAUGCCACAGGUCUACAGGACAUGUAGUAAGAGUUGGCCUGAACUAUCAUGCUAUCUCAUCGCUAAAUAUUAUUAGAGAUUGUCUUAAAUUAAGUUCUGAAAAUUCAUGCAUAAAUAGACAACUUAAAAAAUUGAUAGCUUCACAAUUAUUUGAAUCAAAUUGCAGAAAAUCAAUUCAUAAUUACUUCAAUGUAUGCACAAUAUGCACGUACAUCAUUUGCUCAUCAUAUGUGUGUAUAAUCAACGGUUUUAAUGAAGACGCUUUGUGUUUCACUCACAGCGUUUCCCACUUCGUGUGUAGUUAUACCCUAAUAAAGUACCUUUUGCUAGAUAUUCGAUAUUAGUCUUAAGUAUUUAUUGAUAAAUGUAAUAUUGUAAUUAUUGUACUGUAAAUCCUUCCACGCGGGCCCCCUGCGCAUUUUAUGUUUUAGGUAAGAAAGUGUUAUAUUUUCAAGAGGUUUUCCAUUAUAAGUAAAUUGUAAAUUAAUGUAAAAUAAAUGGAGAUUUUUGUUAACGAUA